GAUCAGUGUGCGAGAGUGCGUCGACGAGCGAGGACACAGAACCAGAAGCCAAGAAAAUCAGCGGAAAACGUAUCCGGCGGGAGAAGAACCAACGGGAAAGCUGCAGCCAAGUGAAAGUGUGGGGAGAUAUUAAUAGAAGGCCACGUCGCACACAUAUAUCCGAGCAGCGGAUAAAUAUACAGACCGUUCAUAGGCGGUCCGUGAGAUACACACCCGGAGGAGAGACGGAAACCAGGAUGACGGACGUGCCGGAGCCCGUGCGCAAGUGCGCCAGCCUGUUGAAGGGCACGAAGAGCGACACUGAAAAAUUCGCCGCCCUCUUUAUGGUCACCAAGCUGGUCAAGGGCAAGGACUGCAAUGCGGCGGGCAAGAAGCUGCUGUUCGAGGCCAUAGGGUUUCCCUUCCUCAAGAAGCUGCUAGUGUCCAAGGAUCUGCCCAACGAUUGUCCGCCGUUAGUUUACAAGAGUGUAGCUCUCUCGAUCCUCACGUGCUUUUGCCAGGAGGAGGAGUUAGCCACCCAUAAGGACAUCAUCGACGCCAUACCCACGCUCCUGGAAAUCGUUGAGCAGGCCGAUGACGAGGACUACGAGGAUAACCUAAUCGUGGUCAGCGAGGCGUAUAGUUGCCUCAAGAGCAUCGCCAGCCAUGAGCCAGGCCAGCAGGCCCUUCUGGCCACCGGAGCCAUCCCCAAGAUGUCGCAGAUAUACUCCGCCCAGAGUUUCCAGACCGAUGAGGCCUUGCACCUGAUCGUGCUGCUUGUUAAGCAGUUUGGAGUGGUAUCAUGGCCCGAGGAUCCCACUGCCUUCCAUGCUCUGAUCCAGAGGAUCGCUUUGGACAUGGAAACCGAUGACACGGAGAGAAAGUACGAGCUCUGCCGUAUCUUGGCUGAUAUCCUUAUUACCUGCCGUCGUGAGAUUGUGAUUAAUUCUCUGGAGGGUCAGAUCUGGCCGGAGAGCUUGUUCAAGGGCUGUGGAGAUAUUCUGAAGGCCAAGAUUGGCCCCAAGCAAAGGGAUCCUGCACUGCAUCUAAUAGCCACCACCUUGCAUGUGCUGGGCAUCCAAUGGGCCUUCAUGGACGAGCAGAAGACUUUCUUCCUGCAGCUCCUCCAACUGGGAGCUAUCGAGGUGCGCAUGCAAAUGGAUGAGAAAAAACUGGAAACCACCUUCAAGCAGGCGGAGCUGCUCACCUGCUGCUUCUCCAUUCUGGAGCAUUGCAUUGAGUAUAUGGCUACGGAUCAGCUGGAUCUAGAGCCCAAGGAGAAACAGACCACUUACACCGCUCUCAAGGGCGCCUUCAACCAGGUUCUGGCGGUUUUGACCCGUGUUAGCCAGGACAAGAUCAGGGAAAGCUCUAAUCCCAAAGAUAAGAAGUUUGUGUUUGCCAUCGUGAAAGUUCUGUCCGCCUGGCUAGCCCAGGAGACAACGGCCAUGAGACCGGCCAUCUACAAGCUUCUGCCCUUCAUGCUCAAGGUGGCCAACGAGAGUUUCCAGGAGCUAAAGACCUGGAGGGCAGGAACUAGGGAGGGCGAACCACCCAUCGAUGUUCUGCGGAUCAUGCUUCCGGCUCUCUGCCAUUUCGCAGUGGAGGAGGAGGCCAGGAGAGUGCUCUUCACCCAUAAGCAGGAUGAAGUGCUGCUGGAAUCCUUGGAGUUCUACUUCAGCAUUGCCCAUUGGAAGAGGCCGCCAAUACCGCGCGCUGAGCGUUUGAAGCGCAUGAAUGAGCCCGAUCCGGUUCCGACUCCGGAGCAGCAGGCGGAGAUGAAGGUGGCCAGAAGUGCCAUAGUGGCGCUCUGCAACAUUUUGAUGAACUUCACCGUCUUGGAGCCGAAGAAGGCUGAGGAUGGACCGACUUUCGCCAAUCUGCUGAAGUUCGUGGUGGAGAAUCUACCCGAACUGAAGGAUACGCCCGAUAACCUGGUCAUCCACGGAAACCUGGCUGUGCUGGGCCUUCUACUGCUUAAGCAGCAGUCCAAGAAGGUGAAGCAGAAUGACUUCUCCAUCUGUCGCUACAUCCAGGCCACCAUCCGCUUCCUCUGGGAUGCCUACAACAUCGAUGAGAGCAACGAUCCCACCGCUCUGGUGGUGUCCAUUGCCUACAAGGGCUACUGGUCGGAUCUGUCGGAGCUCUGGUUCCUGGGAAUGCAGACCAUGUGCGGCGUGCUACCCCUGGUGCCAUGGCUCUCCGAGUUCGCCCUGGAGUCCGGCUGGGCAGAGGGCAUUGUGAAGACCCUGAAAAAGGUCAAGAUCGGCACCCUGCCGGCUAACGUUAAAUCCGCGUACGAGGACUUCCUGUCCCAACUGGUGGACGUGAACGGCGAUGUCCAGGCCGUGCUCAAGAAGGCCGAUGCUCUGCGGGUCUGCCGCAAUCACAGGAUGAUGGAUCUGGGCAAGAAGCUCUUCGGCGACUAAGCCAAGCAAGGCACUCACUGUUUCUCUAGAGGCAUUUUUUGUGUGUGAUUUGUGCGCCAGCGAAAAAUGGAAAAUAUUUUGUAUGGAUUAUAUUCUAUUUUAUAUGCUCUAUUUUAAUGACUAAAUACCUAAAUUUAUAAAAAAAAAAAUAAUAAACCAAUUUUAAAAACAC